UUUACGUUCAGUGUACCUGCUUUUGGAUUUCAAAAUAAACUGCUAUGUUUAAGUCGUACUCACGGUGUCACUAUAGACCAGCAAAGGAGUCAUAUGUUCAGGUUGCUUUGCACACCACCCACUACUUCGAUCGACCAUCCCUGUGGUCUUUGUAGCCUUCAGUACCGACUACAAAUGCUUGGACGGCACAACUGUUAAACAAUAACCUAAUUUAAUGCUCGAAACCACCGUGUUCUAACGGGAAUAUUAGGUCUAUAAGGAUGAUGUUUGAACGGGGCUUUCUUCAGAGCUGCGUCUUUGUCUUUUUCUUUGUUGUGGUGCAUUACACACACGGAGACCUGAGCUAUUCUGUACAGGAGGAGCUGAAGCGCGGAUCUGUUAUCGGAAAUAUCGCCAAGGAUCUGGGCCUUGAGGUGGGCAGACUGUCUGCUCGCAAAGCUCGUAUUGACAUGGAGGGCAACGACAAACAAUACUGCGGGGUGAACCUUCGUAGCGGAGACUUGUACGUUACUGAAAGGAUUGACCGGGAGGAGCAUUGUGGGGAAAAGCCUUCUUGUGUUCUUAAAUUCGACUUGGUCUUAGAGAAUCCAUUGGAGUUACACCGGCUGUCUCUGCAGGUGCAGGAUGUCAACGACAAUGCACCAAUUUUCCCGAAGGAUAUUAUAAAGCUAGAAAUCACAGAAUCAGCUGACAAAGGAGCCAAGUUUCGCAUCAAUGCCGCACAUGAUGCAGAUAUAGGCACGAACUCAGUUGAGAGCUACAUAUUGCAACAGAAUCCUCACUUUGUGUUCAAAAUUCAGACGACAAGUGCUGGCAGUAAAUACGGUGAGUUAGUUUUGGAUAAGGAAUUAGACCGAGAGGAGCAGCAGGAAAUGAAAUUACUGCUCACAGCUGUGGAUGGAGGCUCUCCUCAAAGAUCCGGGACUGUAGUCAUACACGUCAUUGUACUUGAUGCUAAUGAUAACGCCCCAGUGUUCACUGAGACCGUAUAUACGGCAACGUUAGCGGAAAACUCCCCUAUCAAUACCCCAGUUAUCACUGUAAGCGCAUCUGACGCAGACGAAGGUUUCAACGGGGAGGUAACAUAUGAAUUUAGUCGAAUAUCUGAUAAAUCACGAAAGCUUUUUUCAUUAGAUGAGAAAACUGGAGUUAUCGGUGUAGCAGGUACCAUCGAUUAUGAAGAGGGAGCAAAAUAUGAAGUUUUUGUCGAGGCCAAAGAUGGCUAUGGUCUCUCUUCAGAAGCUAAAGUGAUUAUUGAUGUCACUGAUGUGAAUGAUAAUGCCCCGCUGAUUUAUCUGAAAUCACUGACUAACCCCAUACCUGAGAACGUGUCACCUGGUACAGAGGUGGGCAUCAUCAACGUGCAGGAUAGAGACUCUGAGACUAACAGGCAGGUCCGCUGCUCCAUUCAGCAGAAUGUCCCUUUUAAGUUGGUUCCUUCUAUUAAAAACUAUUAUUCUGUGGUGAGCACAGGACAACUGGACCGUGAACUAGUGUCUGAUUACAACAUUACAAUCACUGCCACUGACGAGGGCUCUCCACCUCUGUCCUCCUCUAAAACUGUUCAGUUAUCUGUAGCAGACAUCAACGACAACCCACCUGUGUUUGAGGAACAGUCGUACAGCGCAUAUGUGAGUGAAAAUAACAAACCUGGCUCCACUUUAUGUUCCGUUAGUGCUCGAGACCCCGACUGGAGACAGAACGGUACAGUGAUUUAUUCUCUGUUAUCCGGUGAGGUGAACGGUGCCCCGGUGUCCUCCUAUGUGUCUGUAAACGGAGACACGGGGGUGAUCCACGCUGUGAGGUCGUUUGAUUAUGAACAGUUCAGGAACUUUAAAGUGCACGUGAUGGCCAGAGACAACGGUUCUCCUCCACUCAGCAGCAACGUGACCGUGAGUGUGUUCAUAUCGGAUGUGAAUGACAACUCUCCUCAGAUACUGUACCCCGCCCCGGAGGGCAACUCCUUCAUGACCGAGCUGGUCCCCAAAGCUGCACACGGAGGCUCUCUGGUGUCCAAAGUGAUAGCGGUGGACGCGGACUCCGGACAGAACGCCUGGCUGUCCUAUCAUAUAGUGAAAUCCACUGAUCCGGGACUUUUCACUAUUGGUGUCCACAGCGGAGAGAUCAGGACCCAGCGGGACAUUUCUGAGUCGGACAGCAUGAAACAGAACCUUAUUGUGUCAGUGAAAGAUAACGGACAGCCCUCUCUGUCUGCCACCUGUUCCAUGUAUUUACUGAUUUCUGAUAACUUGGCUGAGGUGCCAGAACUGAAGGACAUUUCUUAUGAUGAGAAGAGCUCCAAACUGACCUCUUAUCUGAUCAUCGCGCUGGUGUGUGUGUCCACCUUUUUUCUGACCUUCAUCAUCAUCAUCAUGGGUGUGAGGUUUUGUCGCAGGAGAAAGCCCAGACUGUUGUUUGACGGAGCAGUCGCCAUCCCCAGCGCUUAUCUUCCUCCUAAUUACGCAGAUGUUGACGGCACAGGAACUUUACGCAGCGCUUACAAUUAUGACGCCUACCUGACAACAGGGUCUCGAACCAGUGACUUUAAGUUUGUGUCAUCUUACAAUGACAACACACUGCCUGCUGACCAGACUCUGAGGAAAAGUCCAACAGACUUUGCUGACGUUUUUGGAGACUGUGAUGAAUCUCCUGAGUACAUACUGUGUCAACAUCCACCCACUGCUGUCGACGCGUAUGAGACUGAAGGUGCUGCAAUUGAUAGUCCAGUGAGUCAGAAGCUCGGUCUAUGGUGGUAUUGGUUUAAGUCCUUUAUUUUUUGGCUCUAUUCCUGUACUCGGACCAGGAAAGUGUUACUGUUUCGGAUCGUUGUAAUGAUGGCUUUCACGGGACUGACACCACCAAGCUGGGCUGUUGGUUUACUGCUCUUUUCCUUGCAUUUUUCUUAUGGAGAUAUAAGCUAUUCUUUUCCUGAGGAGAUGAAAAGCGGAUCCGUGAUCGGAAAUAUCGCCAAAGAUUUGGGUCUCGACACGAGCAGGCUAUCCGCUCGAAAGGCUCGUGUAGACACCGAAGAGGGCAACAAACGUUACUGUAACAUAAACCUCCGUAACGGGGACCUGAGUGUUGUCGAGAGGAUCGACCGAGAAGGCCUUUGUGGAGACAAAGCAUCCUGCGUCUUAAAACAAGAGCUCAUGUUAGAGAAUCCGUUAGAAUUGCAUCGAAUUAGUCUACAUGUGCAGGAUAUAAACGAUAACUCUCCGCAGUUUAAUAACGAAUUAAUCGAGAUAGAUAUAAGUGAAUCAGCAGUUAAGGGAGCUCGUUUUCCCAUUGAAGAAGCACAUGAUGCGGAUGUAGGCAAAUAUUCAGUCCAGACCUACAGUCUCCAGAAGAAUGAACAUUUUAUUUUGGGCGUUGGAACACAUUCUGUGGAGCUUGUCCUUAACCAAGAGCUUGACCGCGAAAAAUUAAAAGAAAUCAAUGUACUUCUUACAGCUUUGGAUGGAGGCUCUCCUCAGAAAUCAGGUACAGUAGUUAUUCACGUCACUGUCCUAGAUGCUAACGAUAACGUACCAGUGUUCAGCCAGACCGUUUAUAAAGCCAGUCUGCCUGAAAACUCUCCGCUGGGUACAGUUGUUCUGACAGUGAGUGCUACUGAUGCAGAUGAGGGAUUGAAUGGAGAUGUUACAUAUGAUUUUGGACACAUUUCAGAAGAUAUGAAAUCAAUCUUUAGCAUAGAUCACAAGACAGGUGAAAUGAAAUUGACAGCAACAAUUGAUUUUGAAACUGCAUCAUCAUAUGAACUGCGCGUCACAGCAAAAGAUGGUUUGGGAUUGACCUCCUAUGCCAAAGUCAUUAUAGAUGUUACUGAUAUAAACGACAAUGCUCCGGUUAUAUAUCUGAAAUCACUGACUAACCCCAUACCUGAGAACGUGUCACCUGGUACAGAGGUGGGCAUCAUUAAUGUGCAGGAUAGAGACUCUGAGACUAACAGACAGGUCCGCUGCUCCAUUCAGCAAAAUGUCCCUUUUAAGUUGGUUCCUUCUAUUAAAAACUAUUAUUCUGUGGUGAGCACAGGACAACUGGACCGUGAACUAGUGUCUGAUUACAACAUUACAAUCACUGCCACUGACGAGGGCUCUCCACCUCUGUCCUCCUCUAAAACUGUUCAGUUAUCUGUAGCAGACAUCAACGACAACCCACCUGUGUUUGAGGAACAGUCGUACAGCGCAUAUGUGAGUGAAAAUAACAAACCUGGCUCCACUUUAUGUUCCGUUAGUGCUCGAGACCCCGACUGGAGACAGAACGGUACAGUGAUUUAUUCUCUGUUAUCCGGUGAGGUGAACGGUGCCCCGGUGUCCUCCUAUGUGUCUGUGAACGGAGACACGGGGGUGAUCCACGCUGUGAGGUCGUUUGAUUAUGAACAGUUCAGGAGCUUUAAAGUGCACGUAAUGGCCAGAGACAACGGUUCUCCUCCACUCAGCAGCAACGUGACCGUGAGUGUGUUCAUAUCGGAUGUGAAUGAUAACUCUCCUCAGAUACUGUACCCCGCUCCGGAGGGCAACUCCUUCAUGACCGAGCUGGUCCCCAAAGCUGCACACGGAGGCUCUCUGGUGUCCAAAGUGAUAGCGGUGGACGCGGACUCCGGACAGAACGCCUGGCUGUCCUAUUAUAUAGUGAAAUCCACUGAUCCGGGACUUUUCACUAUUGGUGUCCACAGCGGAGAGAUCAGGACCCAGCGGGACAUUUCUGAGUCUGACAGCAUGAAACAGAACCUUAUUGUGGCAGUGAAAGAUAACGGACAGCCCUCUCUGUCUGCCACCUGUUCCAUGUAUUUACUGAUUUCUGAUAACUUGGCUGAGGUGCCAGAACUGAAGGAUAUUUCUUAUGAUGAGAAGAGCUCCAAACUGACCUCUUAUCUGAUCAUCGCGCUGGUGUGCGUGUCCACCUUUUUUCUGACCUUCAUCAUCAUCAUCAUGGGUGUGAGGUUUUGUCGCAGGAGAAAGCCCAGACUGUUGUUUGACGGAGCAGUCGCCAUCCCCAGCGCUUAUCUUCCUCCUAAUUACGCAGAUGUUGACGGCACAGGGACUUUACGCAGCGCUUACAAUUAUGACGCCUACCUGACGACAGGGUCUCGAACCAGUGACUUUAAGUUUGUGUCAUCUUACAAUGACAACACACUGCCUGCUGACCAGACUCUGAGGAAAAGUCCUACAGACUUUGCUGAUGUUUUUGGAGACUGUGAUGACUCUCUUGAGGUAGGAACAUGAGGCAAUUAUCGCUAGAUCUCUUGCAACAGCAAUCAUUCCAUUUUAAGAUUAAGUAUCACCAGAUUACUUUCAGGUUAAUUUGGUUAAGAGUUUUCAAGAACUUUGUGUGUCCUUUAUUUUUUACAUUGAAUCUGAACGUUCUCUUAA